AUGAAACGACCAAAAAGCGCAUAAGCCUAAAAGCUGUCUGCCAGGAACAAAGAAGAACUUUUAGAACAGAAACUAUCACCUAAUAGACCUACAGAUUAAAAGUAAUCAUUAACCAAAACUAUAAAACUAAAAGUAUAUAUAAUUUAUGUUAUGCAAUCUUAUUAAAUAGGUUUAACACAAUAACAAUGAUAUCGUGGAUGAUAAUCAAAUGACAAGAUCAGAUCUCUUUACAAGAAAAAAGUCCGACCAUUUUACAUUUUUUACAUCUUUCUAACAUAAAAUUAGAUUGUAGCAAAAUGAAAUUGAGAUUCUCAAAUAACAAGUUUAACUCUAGUAAAGAUUAGCUGAAAAUAUACCUAAAGAUUUUGAGAUUCAAAUUCAAUAAUAUGAAGAUGAGAUUAAUCAUUUACGAUCUAUGCUUGAUGAUGUUUUGCCAAGAGGAUCUGAACCAAAGAAAAAUUAGAUUAUUGGUUAUUUAUCUAAAAUCUAAGAGUAGAAAGGGGAAAUUAAUAAACUAAAGUUAUUAAAUGAUAAUUUAUAGAGAGAGCUUGAAAAGCUUUAGAUUAUUAUGAAGAAAUAAUAAGAAUAAUAGUAGAAAGGCAAUCAGUCAUCCUACAGAAAAUAGUUAAAUUAAAAUGAGAAUCAAAAUGAUGACAUUAAGACAAUCUAACAUUAAUUUAAUUAACAAUUAUAAGAGAAAGAUAAAAAAUUAUUAGAAUUAACUAAAAUUCAAUAACAAAAUUAAAUUAAAUUAAAUUCCUAAAUCUAAAAUAUAGAAUAAUUAAAUUCCCAAUUAUAAGCCAAAUAAAGCGUUAUGUAAUAAUUGAUAAUAUAUAAGUAAAAUUAUAGAAGCUGAAAAUUAGAAAUUGAAGGAAGAAUCUAAAUACUUAGAAGAUUAAAUAUAAGAAUAAUAAGAUAAUAUAAAUGAACUAAUAUAGGAGAAACAAUCACUUGAAUAGAAUUUGCAAUAAAUAGAAUAAUCAUUAAAAACUCAUUAAGAGAAAGAUAAAGAAAUCAUAAUUAAAAAUAAGAAACAAUUAUCUUUAAUAUAAUCAGCUUCUUUAUUUGAUUAUUAUCAAUCUUCUAAAAAGGUUGAGAUAGUAUAAAAGUAUUAAUUUACAUAAUUAUAGAAUUGAAAAGCCUAAAAGAGAAUUGACAAUCUAAACUCUUAAAAAUAUCGAUAUAAUUUAAAUUAAAAAUAAAAUAUAAAAGUAUGAUUUUGAAUGUUAGUGUGAAAUUAUUAUAAAAGAGGAAAAAGUAGAAUUAACAUCAAAUGAUUAGCUAGAAAAUUAAGAUUUUGUUGAAGAUUAUUAAGAAUAAGAUCAAAAUUCAUCAUUUCAAUAACAAAAUUAAAUUAAUAAAAAUGAUAAUAUGCCUCUUUAAUAAGAAGAUAUACAAGAAUAAUCUAAUAAUAUAUUUAAAAAAUAAAUAGUUGAAGAAAUUGUUACAGAUUAUUUAUCUUCAUUUAUAACAAACUUUUAAAGUUAUGAUUAACCUAGUUUAAAUAAUUUAAAAUAAAUUGAAAACCAAGAUGAAUUAACAAUUGCUUAAAAUAUUUCUAAUUAGUACUUAAAUGUUUUUAUAAUGAACUUCUCAACAGAAUUAAUUUCAAUUAUUCAACCAGAAGUAGAGAAUUAUUUAAAUGGCUUCAUCGAAUAAUAAAAUUUAUUAAAAUGUUAAUGA